AGACCUCCGACCCCAGAAUGGAACACAUCAUGUCUUCAGCGGCGGACAUUAAAACUGAACUAAUACAGGUAGAAGUGGACAAAUCAAGCACGACUCCCAUUCUUAGCUCUGAAAUGGGCCUGUAUGCUCCGUCUCCGUCAGACCCUCUGUAUCUGGCCCAGUUAGGUGGGGUGUCCGUAGAGCUGGUGGACCGCUGUAGGACCGGGGGACAGCGGGGGACGGACACGGAGAACAACAGCAAUGAUGGAGGACCGUUUGAGACCCUGAAACGAACAGGCCCAUCCACCUCAUCCACCACGGCAUCCAGCUGGACCCUGCAGACUGUUGCCUUGUCCACCUCCUCCUCAGAGCCGGAAGAGUCCGGAAAUUUUUCCUAUUCUCCACAUGAUGACGGCCUCGUGGGAGACCUCACGAGAGACUCGGACGCUCCGACAGGGGAGAGACCGUACCACUGCCCCCAGUGUGGCAAGAGUUUCAGCCGAGAGAACAUCCUGAAACAGCACCUGUGGCGUCACUCGGGGCCGAGGCGACACCACUGUCUCCAGUGCGGCAAGAGCUUCACCCACGUGGGAAACCUCAAGGUGCACCAGCGCACUCACACGGGAGAGAGACUGUACCCAUGCGCGCAGUGCGGCAAGAGCUUCACCCACGAGGGCAAGCUUAGAACACACCAGCGCAUUCACACGGGGGAGAGGCCUUACCAGUGCGCGCAGUGCGGCAAGAGUUUCACCCAGAAGGGGAACCUCAAGACUCACCAGCGCACGCACACCGGCGAGAGACCCUACCGGUGCCAACAGUGCGGCCAGGGUUUCCACCGCGAGUACAACCUCAAGCUGCACCAGCACGUUCACGCAGCCGAGAGGCCGUGGCAGUGUGCCCAGCGCGGCAAGCGUUUUGCCGAUGUGGGAUACUUGAGAAGACACCAGCGCAUUCCCGCGGGGGAGAAACCAUACCGCUGUGGUCAGUGCGACGAGAGUUUCACUUCACAGCACCAGCUUAAACAACACCAGUGCACUCACAUAGGAUAAGCCCAGUUGUGUCUCAGUCAUUAAAUCUGUUGUUAGAACCAAUACCUGUCCAACUAUCUGUCAUUAUCUAUACGUUGCUUCAAAGUUUGUUUGUUUUUGUGUAAAAUACUGUAUAAUAAUACUGUAUAAUAACUCGUUACAAACAGGUAGCAAUAAACAAAUUGCUAACAAAUCAAA